AUGCCUUCAUCAAUCAGCAAAGUAUACCUGCAGAAGUCAACUUCCAGGCAUUUCGAGCUAACUACCUCGGACUACACUGCUCCAAAGGACUUCGCGCUCACACAUACGCUUUCCUGGCCGCAACGUGGAUCCAGGAGUACAGAAGAAGUACACGCCAGCCUGAAGGAAGGACUGUCAAGGCUUGUGCGCGACGUGCCACAGCUCUGUGGAACACUUCAACGUGGCUCGAAUGACCUGCGACAACUCUUUCUCAAGAUCGAUGUCAGCGCUCAUGUCGUCUUUGAAUUCCAAAAUCUCUCUAACAAUCAUGGACUGCCAAGCUACGAUGAAUUUAAGAGAGAUCACUUUCCUAUAUCCGAAGUCCACUCUGUCUUCCAGCCUGCAAUCCUGCAGCAACCUGUGCUAGAAGGCUCGCCAAUGAUGGGGGCCAAGAUGUGCGUCAUCAAAGGUGGCUAUACUCUGGCGUUCGGCUUCAACCAUGUUUUGGCAGAUGGUACUUCGGCAUCCGAGCUUGAGAGCCUUUGGGCACAACAUACUGUGGAUACGAGUGCUGGAGAAUCAUUCGUCUCGCAUCGAAAAUACGAAAGAGGGGUUGAUGAAGCGAUCAGGAAAAGACUUUCUUCACCCCAAUCAGGAGCGGAGAAGCUCCGACAGAACGACCAGCUCUGGAGGACGGUGCCUGCGUCACAAUCACUGACGAGCCUGCAUACAAGUAUGGGUUCCGUAUUAGAAUCGGUAGUUGGCAUGAUGGACAGGAAAGAGGCAUAUUCAGCGUCAAGAGCCGAGACGCCUGUAGUCAAGAAAUGGCAUCUCUGGCGCUUCAGACCGCAGAGCCUAAAGAGUUUGAAAGCGGACUCCACCUCUCCAGGGUCCGAUGGCUGGGUCUCAACGUCGAACGCCCUCAUUGGUCUUUUCUGGUCUCGGAUAGCUGCGAUACAAAAGAUUUCAUCAACGGGGCAGCAAACAUCCACUGUACUGAUGCCAAUCAGUAUGCGGCAACGAUUCGAUCCCCCAAUUGCAACGACUUUCAUCGGCAAUGCGGUGAGCAUGGCAUUUGCGAGUUGCACUUUGGCAGCGCUAGAAGCAACAGACGGGAUCUCCGCUCUCCAGUCUGCUGCGCUCAGCCUUCGCAAAGCGGUACAAACAUGGUCGCUCUCUGAAUUUGAUGCUUUCCUCAAUACAGUCCAAUCACUGCCUCCCGAUCAAGGCAUGAUGGUCCGUUCUGAGCUGGUCUUCGACAGAUUUCGCAUUGUGUGUAAUGACUGUACACAUUUCAAGUCGAAUAGGCUUGAUUGGGGCCGCCAUCUGGGUGUUCCUGCACCUACGAGAUUUCCCAUGCCGGCUGCACUGAUCUUUGGUGCGACGAGUAUUGUGGUACAUCCGAAAUUGCCAGACGGAAGUCUAGAGGUGGUUGUCUCGCUUUCGGAGGCAGAUGGAAAAGCGCUCAGAGAGGAUGAGGCCUUCCUCCGCUAUGCUCCGGACUUCCUUUGUGUCCUUCCUGCAGGGAAGCCUUUCAGAGUGACUGCUUUACUCAGGUUAUCUGUGAGGAUGUUGCUGAUCUACGAGCGAUUGACAAGACGAGCUGUUUGGAAAUGGGGCGCUGUGGUACUCAUUGUGGCCGCUUCCUUAUUUAUCACGGGUCGCCGCGGGGUGGGCAAUUCAUAG